AUGGGUGAACGAAAAGCAAUUGUGAAGAAUACCGAUAUGCCGAACGAGAUGCAAGAAAUGGCCGUGAACGUUGCCGCGGACGCAACGAACAAGUACGAUUUGGAGAAAGAUAUCGCGGCCCACAUAAAGAAAGAGUUCGACCGAAAGUAUGCUGUCACAUGGCACUGUGUUGUGGGGAAAAAUUUCGGCAGCUACGUUACUCACGAAACCCAGAAAUUCAUCUACUUCUGCCUGGAGGAUCGGGCGCGCGAACUUGGUGGGUGGAAGGCUCGUGGUUCGAAUUCAUUCCCGGCAUCUCGACUGCUCUCGUCCAGACCUGGGCAACCUGACAGUAUCUCAGCCAUCGUGCUUCCUGCGGGUAGCGUGGCAGCAAGGCACCGAAAAGAUGUAACAGUUGCACGCUUGUUUAUUUAUUGCCCGCUUACAAGUAGCACACCCCAGCUCAACUGCUGGGAGACAAGGAAGACGACAAUGACCAGCGCAGCUAAGUUUGCUGGUAAUGGCUUUCAUACUUCGCUGCCAAGUCGUUGUUUGACUGCCUCUGCUCACUUCCACCCUUCACGUGGUUGUGCGAAAAGAGCCCUUUGGGGAAGUCGGUCGACUGGCAUACGCAGCACGUGGCCAAGCCAGCGCAACCUACGCAUUGUGAUUAGUUCAUCUAUCGAG